AUGAAUGAUAAGAUAUUAUGUUCAUGUAAACGUUGUGGGAUCGGGUACACCCAAUGGAUAGCUCAUGGAGAACUUCCUAGUAGUCGCUCAUCUAGGUGUGACAAUCAACAUAAUACUUUGGGUGGUGAUGAUAUGCAAGGUUUAGUUCAUGAAGCCUUUGGAGUUCCAAAUGAAGAUGGAUAUACUGACGAACAUACUAGAUCUCAAAUAGAUGCAGAAAUUGCUAAUGGACAAUCAAGAGAAUUUUAUAAGUUGAUUGAUGGUUCACAACAACCAUUGUUUGAAAGAUGUGAUAAAUUCUCAAAGCUAUCAUUCAUAAUCCGUCUGUUGCACUUAAAGUGUAUUGGGAGUUUGAACAAUAAAGUAUUUGAUAUGCUUUUGGAAUUAUUAAGAGAAGCUUUUCCAGAUGCCAUGGUUGAUCUACCAAAGUCUUAUUAUGAAGCCGAGAAAUUGAUGAAAGGACUAGGACUUGAUGCAGAUCCCACAGGUGAGAAAAGAAAGAUUGCUCAAAACGUAUUGUGGUAUUUUCCCGUCAAACCAAGGUUGCAAAGAUUGUUCAUGUCUACAAAGACGGCAUCUGACAUGAGAUGGCAUGCUGAAAAUCUUACGAAGGAUGGGUAUAUGAGACACCCUGCCGAUUCCUCAGCAUGGAACACAUUUGAUACCUUGCAUCCUAGUUUUGCUCAGGAAUCUCGCAAUGUUCGAUUGGGAUUGGAAUCAGAUGGAAUUAAUCCCUUCAAAAAUAUGACUCCUGGGAAUAAUAUUGAUAUUUAUUUGCAACCCCUAAUUGCAGAUCUAAAGGAUUUGUGGGAAGUAGGAGUUGAAACAUACGAUGCUUCAAAAAAGCAAAAUUUUCAAUUACACGCUUCAUUGAUAUGGACAAUUAGUGAUUUUCCGGGAUAUGCGUAUUUGUCUGGAUGGAGUACCCAAGGUGAAUUUGCAUGCCCAGUUUGUAAUAAAGAAACACACUCUCUCAGACUAAAACACGGUGGGAAGUAUUGCUACAUGGGGCAUCGGAGGUUUCUACCUAAAGAACAUGAAUUUCGGAAGAAUAGACGACUCUUUGAUGGCACAGUUGAGUAUGGAGAAGCACCACAACGACAAUCUGGUAAUAUGGUGAUGGAUGAGCUGAAAGACUUCACAGUUAAGUUUGGUAAGCAAGUUAAAGGUAAUCCAAAGCUUUUCGGUUGGAAAAAAAAGAGUAUAUUUUUUGAGUUGUCAUACUGGAAAGAUAAUGUUGUCCGCCACAAUCUCGAUGUCAUGCAUACAGAGAAAAAUAUUUGUGAGAGUAUUUGCGGCACAUUAUUGGAUUUAGACGGUAAGUCUAAAGAUAAUUAUAAAUCGCGCCAAGACUUGGAGCAAAUGGGAAUUAGGCCUGAACUUCAUCCAAUUUCAAAAGGUCCUGGUAAAAUUUAUUUACCUGCAGCAGCUUUUACAAUGAGCAAAAUGGAGAGAACAACAUUUUGUCGGUUGUUGCCUAUAGCCUUGCGAAACACACUGUCCAAGUCCGUACGCGCACCUUUAAUUAAGCUCAGUGAGUACUUUAGAGAACUCUGUUCGAAAGUAAUUCAUCCCGCUGAUGUCAUUCGACUAGAGAAAGAUAUUGUUGUGGUACUUUGUCAAUUGGAGAAGAUAUUUCCACCAUCAUUCUUCGAUGUAAUGGUGCACUUGACUGUACAUUUGGCAACAGAAGUGAAAUAUUUAGGCACAUUGAAAUCCUAUGUGUGGAAUAGGAGCAAACCUGAAGGUUCAAUCGCUCGGGGAUAUCUAGCAGAAGAAUGUUUGACAUUUUGUUCUUUGUAUUUGGCUGGCUGCGUGGAGUCGAAGUUUAAUCAACCAUCGAGGAAUGAAACUGUGAAUGAUAAUGCAAUAAUUGGAUUAGAUGUAUUUACAAUCAUAGGUCAUUCUCUUGGAAAAGGAACUGCUAUGAGAUUAGAUGAUGAAACAUUGACGAAAGCACAUCAAUAUGUAUUGUUCAAUUCUGAGGCCGUAAGACCAUAUAUUGAGCAACAUUGGGCAAUAGUUGAACAAUCUAAUCCUCGUGUUGCACGCCAUCAGCUGGAACGCAUCCACAGUGAAAGCUUUGCUGAUUGGUUUGCUCAAUAUGUCGAAAGGUUAAUCAUCCAUGGAGAAACUCCAACAUUAAGAGAUUUGAAAUUAGUUGCUCGCCAGCCUAAUUUUAUUGGAGUGAAAUAUAAGAAGUAUAUCGUAAAUGGUUUUAGGUUUCACACGAAAGAUUUGGAGAAUAUCAUUGAGUUGGAUUAUGGUAGUGGACGUCGAGUUGUAUUAUUUGACUGUGAAUGGGUGUCAAAAGAAUCUGGUGACUUUGGUUGGGUUCGCGACGACGUCGAUGGAACUAAGGUUGACAUAUCAGUUCAAAAUCAACUUUAA